UCUCUCCUCCAUCUCUUCACUCUCUCACUGCUAGUUUUAGAGAAACAUGUCGCUGAAUGACCUGCUCUUUUUGUGACAGUGGAACUGUUUUGCAAAGUGAACACCAGCAUGUAUUUAUGUGUUUUAUAUAGAAUCAAAAAUUGAGACUAAAACCUGAAGUUAGAUUAAUUUCUCCAUGCGAUCGGUGUCAUUGGUGACUAAAAGUCAUGCGCUUCCAAAAGCUGAACAGACACACGGGCCAGGUGUCCCCUCAUAUCGCCUCCAGAUCACUUCAAUAUUUAAACAAGGCCUGAAAAAUUAAUGACUGCCGGCUUUUCUUCACCAUGACGUGUGUGUCCAGGUUAUUGGGGCCACGCCGGCUUCUGAUUGGCGAGCGGAAGGCUGAUUUCAUCUCCCAAUACGGGACCGUUAACGUCAGGGGGCCGGGGCUUUACAGGAUGCUACACGUUGUGAUUGUGUCUGACACAUCUGAUAAAGCUGCUUAGCUCUCAGCGAGUCCGUAAUCUGCAGGGGGCCGCACACCCUGUGGCCGUAAUCUCAGGUGACCAGGUCACCAGAAGAGGGCUGCAGGGAAGACAAGCAGAUUAUCCCAGGAAGUGCUGAUGGGGCAGUUUGCUCGCCGCCAUGCACUGGAAGCUAAUGCUGUGACAGCAUCACACACGUUCCGCUGGACCGUUUCCAGCGCGUGAUGCUUAAAUAUCCGGAUGACGUCAGGUGACCUUUGGCUUCAUGCCACAGAAGAGGAAGACCAGUUCUAUUUUUGAAUUUCUUUUUUACAGAAACAGUUUUUUUAUUUAGUCUAGCCUGAGAAUGGGUCUGUGCUAGUCUCUCCAUGCUGCAGCCGGACAGUUUUUUCCACUGGAAACCUCAGUAGAUGCCUCUCAGAUGUUCCAUGUGCUGCUGCUGCUGUUGUAGAAGAGGAAAAGCCAGCAGGAUGGAGGUGUCCUGCCUCGAGCUGGCCCUGGAGGGCGAGCGGCUCUGCAAGGUGGGCGACUACCGAGCGGGCGUCUCCUUCUUCGAAACCGCCAUCCAGGUGGGCACGGAGGACCUCCAGGUGCUCAGCGCCAUCUACAGCCAGCUGGGAAAUGCCUACUUCCACCUGCACGAGUACGCCAAGGCCCUGGAGUUCCACCGCCACGAUCUGACCCUGACCAGAACCAUCGGCGACCUGCUGGGAGAAGCCAAAGCCAGCGGGAACCUGGGAAACACACUGAAGGUGUUAGGGCGCUUCGACGAGGCCGUGGUUUGCUGUCAGAGACAUCUGGACAUCGCCAGAGACAUCGACGACAAGGUUGGGCAGGCCCGAGCUCUCUACAACUUUGGGAAUGUGUACCACGCCAAGGGCAAAAGCAUCUGCUGGAGCGGGGCGGAGCCAGGAGACUUCCCGGAGGAGGUCAUGACGGCGCUGAAGAAGGCAUCGGAAUAUUACGAGGAAAACCUGGAGAUCGUGAAGAAGCUCGGGGAUCGAGCCGCUCAGGGUCGGACUUACGGGAACCUGGGAAACACUCAUUACCUGCUGGGGAACUUCCACAAGGCCGUGGCUUCUCAUGAGCAGCGGCUGCUCAUAGCCAAGGAGUUCGGUGACCGCUCGGCUGAGAGGCGGGCUUACUGCAACCUGGGCAACGCCUACAUCUUCCUGGGGGAGUUCGAGGUGGCGGCUGAACAUUACAAGAGGACGCUGCAGCUGGCGAGGCAGCUGAAGGACCGGGCGGUGGAGGCUCAGGCCUGCUACAGUCUGGGGAACACCUACACCCUCCUGCAGGACUACGAGAGAGCCAUCGACUACCACCUCAAACACCUCAUCAUCGCUCAGGACCUCAAUGACAGGAUCGGGGAGGGCCGUGCAUGCUGGAGUCUGGGGAACGCCUACACUGCGCUCGGAAACCACGACCAGGCGAUGCACUUCGCCGAGAAGCACCUGGAGAUCUGCAGAGAGACCGGAGACCGAAGCGGAGAGCUGACCGCUCGGAUGAACGUCUCCGACCUCCAGAUGGUUCUGGGUCUGAGCUACAGCACCAAUAACUCCACUCUGUCCGAAAACAGGGAAACGGACUACAGCCAGCACGGAGCGAGGCCUCGGACGAACAGGCGACACAGCAUGGAGAACCUGGAGCUGGUCAAACUCACUCCGGAUAAGAUCAAUGGUCAGAAGUGGAACAGUGACAUCCUGACCAAACAGUCCAAACCGUCCCUGGCCAAGGCCUCCUCCAAGCUGUUCUUCGUCAGCCGCCUGCGGGGGAAGAAGUACAAGUCUGGCGGCUCCAGCAAAGUCCUGCAGGACACCAGCAACACCCUGGACUCGAGCCAGACCGCUGCGCCGGGUCCUCAGAAGAGGCUGAGUCCCGACAUGCUGGGAGACGAGGGCUUCUUCGACCUGCUCAGCCGUUUCCAGAGCAACCGCAUGGACGACCAGCGCUGCGCCGUACAGGCCCGGGGCAGCAGGCUGUCCCUGAACAGCGGCGCCGACUCGCCGCCCAGAUCCAUCAGGAAAUCCGUGUCGGAGUCCGCCAACGUGUCCAGCGCUCAGGGCGGGGGGCUGGAGGAGGCCUCGGCAGCCGGGGGGAGUCUGCCGGGGCUCCGGCUCAACCAGACCAGCAACCAGGCCGUGCUCAGCCACCUGAUGGCCAACGCCGACAGCGCCGAGCCCGACGACGACUUCUUCGACAUGCUCGUCAAGUGCCAGGGGUCCCGUCUGGACGACCAGCGCUGCGCUCCGCCCCCUCCCCCGGCCCGAGGGCCCACCGUCCCAGACGAGGACUUCUUCAGCCUCAUCAUGCGCUCGCAGGCCAAACGGAUGGACGAGCAGCGCGUCACCCUGCCUUCAGCGGCCGGCGCCGCCGCCGCACGGCCAGGCUCCACCUAGCUCCCCUUCAGUCCGGCGGACGCCGCCGCCCUCAGAGCACCAGCAGUGUUUGUGUAGCUCACACAGCGAGCUGCAAGUAGCAUCAGGGACAGCGUGCCGUUUUUCCACCGCACAUUUCAACUCCGUGUUUCUCAGUACAACUGCAGUUCUCUUUGCUUUUUACUUUAUCUGCCGUCCAGUCACGUCACUACGAAGUGAGAAUGAGUGAGAGCGCGUGGACGCGACCACGGAACAUGUUUUCUUUUCUCCAUCCACUGAGGUCAGUAUAAAGAAAAAAUGAAUUUAACCCAUGUACAGUCCUUUUCUCUUUUGUAUUAAAAACAAGGUUUGAGGAAUAAAACUUCUUUUCUGUAGGA